CCCAUGCCCCAUUCAUUCUAGUUCGAAACCCGACGGCGGACGGUACACAUACCGCGUAAAUCGUCUCGACGCGCCGCUGUACAGUCCGCGACGACGCGAUUUUAAGUUUACGCACAUAAAAACAACAUAUUAUACACACAUAAUUAUAUAGAUAAAAAAAUAUAUGCACGCGAAAUCUCGUCAUUUUCGGUCUUACGUUUUUAUUCCGUUCUUAUAAAUAAUAAUGUGAAUACACAUCGCGGUUUACGAUCGAUUUACGUAUAUUGUUUUUUUUUUUUUUUUCAAUCGGCCGGUUGAUAUUUUGUUUCUUACCUAACCCCAUCACGUGCGGUGGUCGGUGUUUUUUCUUUAAAAUUAAAUUUACAUUUUUAUCGCUGGCGCAAUAAAAAUUAUCGGUGUGCAUUCGAAAAACAAUGCGUGCAUCUCUGGGACCAGGAAAUUACAUUUAAAACGUCAUUGCCGCUCUAUCUUUGGAAACUAACGAAUUCCGACCGUGCCUUGCCUAUUAAUCUACGAUCACCUUUAUUAAACUCGUCAAUACUCCACACGGCCUUACAUUUGACUUAAACGAUGGGAGACAAAUCUCGCAAAAACAGCGCCACUCAGGAUGUGGAGGCUAACGGCACGUCAGAUCAACAACAACAGGUGGAAGCUGUGGCUAAAGCCGUGCACGGCCAUCCGGUAUCUGAACAUCCAACCACAUACUGUGAGACACUAAUGCAUCUCUUAAAAGGCAACAUCGGCUGUGGUAUGUUGGCCAUGGGAGACGCGUUUCGCAACGGAGGCCUUUUGAUGGCGCCGAUUCUCACAGUUUUCAUUGGAACCGUGUGCAUUUACAACAAUCACAUACUGUUAAACGUGGCUCAUAAGCUGAAGAGCCGACUGAAACUCGAACACUGCCCGACGUUCUCGGAGACUGUCGAACUGUCCUUUGCGACUGGACCCAAGAGCUUGCAGAAGCAUGCGGACCUGUUUAGGACCACGGUCAACGUAUUUGUCAUAAUCACUCAGUUGGGAUUUUGUUGCGUGUACAUACUGUUUGUGUCCAGCUCCAUUAAACAGUUUUGCGACGAAUAUGGAACCGUGCUGGACAUUCACAUCCACAUGAUUUUCGCUCUGGUGCCUAUAAUGUCGUGCGCCAUGAUUAGGAAUUUGAAAUUCAUCGCACCCCUGUCGACGGCCGCCAACAUAUCGAUGGCCAUUGGUUUGGGCAUUAUUCUGUCAUACUGCGUAGUGGACUUACCGACCCUCAACUCCAGAACGGCCGUGGCCCACUGGUCGCAAAUCCCCCUGUUCUUCGGCACGGCCAUUUACGCUUUCGAAGGAAUUAGUCUUGUAUUGCCCCUGCAAUUGGAAAUGAAAACACCUAAUAGAUUUGCGUCAACUAUGGGAGUGUUGAACGUCGGCAUGACCAUCGUGACCUUUAUCAUUCUGACCAUGGGCUUUGUGGGAUUCUGGCGGUUCGGCGACGACGUCAAAGGAAGUCUCACGCUCAACCUCCCGCCCACUCUCAUCCUUUCAAAAAUCGUGGUCGGUCUGAUGGUGUUCGCAAUCAUCUGUACUUACACACUGCAGUUUUACGUGCCCGUCGCUAUCUUAUGGCCAUCGGUACAAGAAAAAUACGGACCGUUCCAAUCGCCCGCCCUCGCCGAAUAUCUCUUGCGCGCCGUACUAGUUUUUGCUACAUUUUUGGCGGCAGAAGUGAUACCUCAUCUGGCACUGUUCAUAUCGUUGGUCGGGGCCAUCGCCAGCACUUUCUUGGCCCUAAUAUUCCCACCCAUAUGCCAUAUGGUUGUCUGGAAGGACGAAGGAUUUGGAGCGUUCAACUGGAAACUUCACAUGGACAUCAUUACUAUAGUCUUAGGCCUGUUAGGAUUCGUAACUGGUACAUACUUCAGUUUACACGACAUUAUCGUUGCAUUUAGCAAAGAUUUUGGUUUCCAUUGAUUGAAAUGGCUGCCAAUCUCAAUCACCUAAUAGUCUUAGUAAAUGCACUGUUAUGUUUUUAAAUAUUUUAUUAUUAUGACCUAUAUUUAUUAUAUUGUUGAGUUAAGUAUAUAUUUAAAAGUUAGGAAAUCACAUUACAAUGCUCCACCAAAUUUAGAACAAAGACUUUUAAUUUGUUUGUAAAUUAUUUCUGUUUAUUGUCUAAUAAAAUAAAUUAAUAAGUUUUUA